ACGGAAGCGAAGAUGGCGGCGGCCGCCUCAGAGCUGCUGACGGGAUGGUGCCUCUUCGGCCUGGCGCUGCUGGCUAUUCUGAUUUUCUGCUGGGUUUAUGUGCGCAAGUAUCAGAGUCGCCGGGAAAGCGAAGUGAUUUCUACCAUAACAGCUAUCUUUGCAUUGGCGGUUGCUCUUAUCUCGUCAGCGCUGCUGCCAGUGGACAUCUUCUUGGUUUCCUAUAUGAAAAAUCAAAAUGGUACAUUUAAGGACUGGGCUGAUGCUAAUGUGUCAAGACAAAUUGAAGACACUGUACUUUACGGGUACUACA